UCCUUAUCUCCAGACAACUUCUCUUCUUUUUUCUAUCUCUAUCUUCCUCCUAUUUACCUCUUUUACCUCUUUUACCUCUUUUACCUCCUCUCCAACUCAGCUAUCUUUCUUAGUUCGCUCUAAUCUCAGCGUGAUUCCUCCUGUCGAUGGCCUUUUUUACACCUCCUCGCUCCUUUCAGAAUGCCCAGUCCUUGGUUUCUCGCCGCUUUGUGACCCAGACCCAGGUCGACACCCUGCAAAAUGUCGUCGCUCCGCACUCCAGCCACCCUUCCUUUCCUCACUUGGUCCUACUCGUCUUCGAGGCGGUCCUCGAGGUGAUAUGUGUCAGCUUACCGGGUUAUAUUGCGGCCCGCGUGGGCAUGUUUGACGCUGAAGCACAAAAGCUAGUGGCCAAUCUCAACGUCGCUCUGUUUACCCCCUGUCUAAUCUUCACAAAACUUGGAUCCCAAUUGACCGCAGAGAAACUCACUGAUCUCGCCAUUAUUCCCGUCAUAUUCAUCAUCCAAACCAGUGUUUCCUACCUCUGCGCUUUCGUAGUCUCGCGAUGCUUUCGGUUCAAGAAACGACCAGCCAAUUUUGUUGCGGCAAUGGCAGUAUUCGGGAACUCGAAUUCACUUCCCAUCUCUCUGGUCAUGUCUCUUUCCCAAACCCUAAGUGGUUUGCAUUGGGAUCGAGUACCCAAUGACAACGAUGAUGAGGUUGCCGCGCGUGGUAUCUUGUACCUUCUUAUCUUCCAACAACUGGGUCAACUUGUCCGUUGGAGUUGGGGUUACCGUGUUCUGCUUGCCCCGCAAGAGCGCUUUCUGGAAGAAGCAGCAUCGGAUGAUGCCUCCCGUAUUGCACAGGGUCAGGAACCUUACACCGAUACCCCAGAGCAAGGAGACCCCGACGAGCCCCUAAUCCGAACAAGGAGCUCUUCUAAUAGUUCCACGCCCGCUCAACCCGGUGCACAGGAGGAAUCCGAUGAACUCCACUCAGGAGAUGCGACACCUGUGACCGCCCGUACCUACUCGUAUACUAAAUUGCCCAAUGCAGAUGAUGAAGUCCCAGAUUAUUCCCCAAUCCUUGGUCCCCCGCCGCGGGGGCCAUUUCUGCCCCGUCAAAGCACCGGGAACGAGAUAUUGUGUUUUCCGAACGUGGAAGUAACUCGUCAGGGCGACUCAUCUCCAAAAGGGCUGGUCUCUCGUGCGAACUCCUCCCUGCGUCGCUUCGGGGGCCGUCUCGGUAGCGCCUGGGGAACAGGAGUGAGAGCUCUUUUCAGUCGACUGCCUCCCAGUGUCCAAAGGGGUCUAUCAAUGUGCUCGAAUGGGGCGUGGAGAUUCGUCUGUGGCUUGUGGGAUUUUAUGAAUCCACCUCUUUGGGCGAUGUUGGUUGCGAUUGUGGUAGCGUCGGUCCCGGCUCUGCAGCGACUGUUCUUCGAUGAGGGCACCUUUGUGAGUAACUCGGUUACUCGAGCGAUUAGUCAAAACGGUCAGGUCGCGGUUCCUCUGAUUCUUGUGGUGCUCGGAGCCAACCUGGAGCGCAACACGCUCCCGAAGCAGGCAGUUGAGGAUAUCGAGCAUCCAGGAGAGGAGAAAAAACUGAUCAUUGCCUCCUUGAUCGCCCGAAUGCUGCUGCCAACCUUGAUCAUGGCCCCAAUCCUUGCCCUGCUGGCGAAGUAUGUCCCAGUGAGCAUUCUGGAUGAUCCGAUUUUCAUCAUCGUCUGCUUCCUCCUGACUGGGGCCCCGUCCGCCCUGCAAUUGGCACAGAUCUGCCAGAUCAACAACGUCUACGUGGGGGCGAUGUCGAAGCUCCUGUUCCAGAGCUAUGUUGUCUGGAUUCUCCCGUCUACGUUGAUUCUGGUGAUGUGCGCUUUGGAAGUCGUCGAAUGGACCUCCUAAAUACGGUCAAGCAUGGCGUUUCUGUUCCUUUCCUUUCCUAUUAUUAUAUUACGGGCGGACCGGCGUUGAGAGGAGAUGAUUGCCUGGAUGGUGGUCACGCGAAGGUUAUUUGGAGUACCCUACGAAUAAUGAAUAGUUAGCGCGCAAACUGAUGCAUAAUCUCUC